CGGUUGGGUCAAGUACAUGCUCGGCUACUAAAAGCUUCCUUUGGUCUCUCGCUUUCCGAGAAUUUCCUGUUGAUAUUUUGAAGGAUGAUAUAAGAUUUUAAUCAUAAUGAGCCUGCUACUAGACAAUAAUGACUCUUCACACUUAUUAUACUUCUCUCCCCUUGUGCUAUUUCGUCGCUUUUUUUGCUGCUGCUGUAAGGCACAGUUUUCCAGAACAGGUCGAUAUUUGAUGAGAGCAUCUACUUCGUCGACACUCCACGAUCUAGAAAAUGACUGUGCCCUUGUACAGUUUGCCUUAAAGAACUACAGCAGUGUUCCCGGGGAUGCAUCUAGUCUCAGAGGCUCCCUGUACGAGCUAUUCAAUUCUAAAAGUACUUUGCCUCCCUGUAGGUUAUCGUUGCUCUACGUCAAUCGCAUGAGAGAGUGGGGGUUGGCAGGACUGGGAGAUCGCGAUACCCUAAGCUGCAAUGCGUCAAUGUCUACAGCUGAGUAUCUCGUAUUGAGCAUGGCUCUUCUGAGAUCACAAUCUCCAGUCAUUACGCGUACACUUCUAUCAGAGACACAGUGGGUCCUUCUUGGAACACGGAACGAACACGGUCGUACCCCGCAAUGAUAGCACCGAUACAGACAUGGACUGUCAUGUCAGUCUCCAACAUGUCAGAAACCAUCCUUGGUGGAAAGCUGGGCACAAGACUCCACACCUCCCAGUGUGACAGGGCAUGUCGCGCUUUUAGCUGUCUUAGGGCACAGUGCUUUCCCAGAAUGGAUUGACGUCCACAGAGAGCGACCAAUUCGUCAACUCU